AUGAAGCUAACAUUUUUGGACCGCACCGUGGCCGUAUGGCUGCUUGCCGCCCUCUCCGGGACGGCGAUAGCCCACUCAUGGCCCGAGCAAACCAUCCGCCUCGCGCCCAACGGCAAAGAAAUUGGGAAGCCCGGCGCCGAUAGAGCCCACAUCGAGACCGGCACGGGAGACUUUUUGAUCCCACCAAAUGGCGGCGAGAAGGUUAUCAAACCCGACCACAAGAUCGUAAGAGAUACUCAGGGGCCCUUGAACGAUGCCAGCUACAGCGACCAGUUCCCGAUGCUGUCGGUCGCCCAGGGCGACUUUGUCGCAAUCAAGUACCGCGAGAACGGCCACGUCAGCCGCGCCGACAAGUCAAACCCUGAAAAGCCAGUCAACCGCGGCACCGUCUAUCUUUACGGAACCAACGAGAACGACCUCUCCAACGUCAACCUCAUGGACGUGCAUCUGAAGUGGACCUCGGAUGGCAAGGGUGGAAACGGCAAGGGCAAGCUCAUCGCAACGAGGAACUACGACGACGGGCAGUGCCACGAGGUCCUCCCCUCGGACGGUGACUUUGAGGGCAUCGUCGGCUACCGCAAGGAAUUCAUCAGCAAGGCCGACUCUCUCCUUUGCCAGAAUGACAUCCAGAUCCCCAGUGACGCCCCCGUCGGCAAGGUCUACACCGUCAUCUGGGUUUGGGACUGGUCCUCGAUGAAUGAGCAGGGCGUCGCCGUGCCCCCGGCCGAGUACGGCGCCGACUCGGUGCUCACGCCGGGAGCUAUACACCGGCGUGGUCGACUUCAGGUCGUCGAGGCCUGCGACGACAGCCUCGGCGAGACCGCAAUCUUCAAGUCCAUGCUCAAUGCCUUCCUUAAAUAG